ACCAAAAGAAAAAAAAACAAGAUGGCUGCUAAAAUUUCCGAAACAAUGUGGACUGAACUUAUUAUACAAUGCUUUCCUAACCCUGUAGCCACAAGUGUGCUGUUUAUCAUUAUAAUUUUAGUGUGUACGUUUGGUGAUAAUAUUAUAAUAACUAUUUCAAACAUGGAUCAGGUUGAAAAUAAACAUUUUAUAUGUGCGUUGCUUGACAGUUGUACUCAUGCUGUUGUUGGUGGACUAAUUUGGACAAUAGUAAGUGUUGGUUCAGAGAUGUUUACCAAAUGUAAAAUAUGCUUGCAGUGUAUUUGGUGUUCCUUGUUAGCAGCAUCUGUUGACAUAGACCAUUUUUUGGUCGCAAGGACCUUGGACUUAAAGGAAGCAACUCAAAUUGUUGGCAGACCACCAUUUCACAACACAAGCCUGAUUUUGCUGUUUAUAUUAUUUUUUGUUAUGAUUAUAAUCUGUAAACGAAUAAAAAGCAUUUUUAGUUAUAUUUUAAUUUUAAUGUUGGUAUCAUCGGUCAUAUCACACCAUUUAAGAGAUGCCUGUCAUAGAGGACUUUGGCUGUCACCGUUUGGGCAUACACCUCUAUUUCCUGCAGUUCUGUAUAAAUCAUUAAUUGUGAUUCUUGCUUUAAUUUUAAGAAUGUGCUAUUUUCUUGUAUUUAGGUUAAAUAAAGUUAUUAAUUUGUAAA